AUGAAUUCAACAGACAGAUUAAGAGGACAAAAAAACUAUUUCAUACUUGAGCUUUGCACAGAGCAAGAAUUAAACAAGCUCGCCUCUCACUACGACCCAAGCCUUGUCAUGCUUCCAACUGACAACUUGCCACAAGCCUACAAAGACAAGAUGGCAGAUAUCAAGAGAAUCAGAGAACAACAAAAUCUUGAUAUGUACUUCAAUGUCGGCAACCACACAGCCAAGCACGAGCAGAUCAAGAUUGAAUUCUUGAAGAACGGGAAGCCUCUAUUCUCUGCCGUCUUUGACGAUCCCCUUCAGAUGAUCGAUUCAGCUUACAAAGGCAUUCAGAGCCUUCAAGCAGCUUUGGUCUACGACGACAUGAUGAAGAGCCUUGGGCAGAAGCACAAAGCCAGCAGCACCGCCAAAACUACAAGGAGCUUCAAAUGA